GUAGGUGUUGUAAGGGGCCCUUGUUUGUGGAACCGGGUGUCACCCUUUGCCCUCUGGAGAUUGUGUGCGUGUGUUUCCCCGGACACCCUCCCCCUCUCAUUUGCGCACUGGACACCCAUAGGUUCCCAUCUCCGUAGGGCCGCCAGCAGCGGUGGGUGGAGGGUGGCCGCCCUGACCCCACGCCCUUUGGCCUUUUCGCAGCCCGGGGGCGGCUGCCCCAUGGAGCCCAGCCUGCUGCGCCCCGCACCGGUGAGCGAAGUCAUUGUGCUGCAUUACAACUACACGGGCAAGCUCCGCGGGGCGCGCUACCAGCCCGGCGCCGGCCUGCGCGCGGACGCCGCCGUCUGCCUGGCCGUGUGCGCCUUCAUCGUGCUGGAGAACCUGGCCGUGCUCUUCGUGCUCGCGCGCCACCCGCGCUUUCACGCGCCCAUGUUCCUGCUCCUGGGCAGCCUCACGCUGUCCGACCUGCUGGCCGGCGCCGCCUACGCCACCAACAUCCUGCUCUCCGGGCCGCUCACGCUGCGACUGUCGCCGGCGCUCUGGUUCGCCCGCGAGGGAGGCGUCUUCGUGGCGCUCGGCGCCUCGGUGCUCAGUCUCUUGGCCAUCGCGCUGGAGCGCCACCUCACCAUGGCGCGCCGGGGUCCCGCGCCCGCCGCCAGUCGGGGACGCACGCUGGCGCUGGCGGGGGCCGCCUGGGGCGUGUCGCUGCUCCUCGGGCUGUUGCCCGCGCUGGGCUGGAACUGCCUGGGUCGCCUGGACGCCUGCUCCACGGUCCUGCCGCUCUACGCUAAGGCCUACGUGCUCUUCUGCGUGCUGGUCUUCCUGGGUAUCCUGGCCACCAUCUGUGCGCUCUACGCGCGCAUCUACUGCCAGGUGCGCGCCAACGCCAGGCGCCUGCGGGCGCGGCCCAGGGCUGGCCGGGGGACGUCGAGCCGCGCACGACGGACGCCACGCUCCCUGGCGUUGCUGCGCACGCUCAGCGUAGUGCUCCUGGCCUUCGUGGCGUGUUGGGGUCCUCUCUUCCUGCUGUUGUUGCUGGACGUGGCGUGCCCCGCGCGGGCCUGUCCUCUGCUCCUGCAGGCCGAUCCCUUCCUGGGCUUGGCCAUGGCCAACUCGCUCCUCAACCCCGUCAUCUACACGCUCACCAACCGCGACCUGCGCCACGCGCUCCUGCGACUCGUCUGCUGCGGCCGCCGGCCCUGCGGUCGGGGCCAGCCAGGCUCACAGCAGUCCCCGAGCGCGACUGGGCCUUCGCGCGGCCUGGGCCGCUGCCUGCCCCUGGGCCUGGACAUCAGCUCCAGCCGCUCGGAGCGCUCGUCGCCGCAGCAGCUGGAUGGACUGGAUACCAGCGGCUCCACCGGCAGCCCCAGCGCACCUGUGGCCACAGGGAGACUGGUACCCAAACUUGCUGCUGACUGAGAUGUUGGCCUGGCAUCCUUGCUGCAAGUACUGUUCCGCACAUUGUAUUUGUUUUUUGGAAAGGCGGUGUGACAAGAGGCCAGGAAAAGUGCCAGCCACAGGGGUCUCCCAGUCACUGGUUGGCUCCUUAAACCUCUAAGGUGGCCCAGCACGGACACCGGGAGCCAACGGGGCAAACACUCAGUUGCUUGUGCCAACACAUGCUGUCUGCCUGGGCCGAAAGCCGGAUGGCCCCUUAGGAGCUGCUCUAAGGGGCAUCUCAACCCCUGCUCCCCUCUUUGCAAGCAGCACAAUGUGUAGGCGACAGGGCGGGCACGGUGGAGGCAGGGAAGAUGCCAAGGGGAGGACCGGAACUGCCUGGGUAUUGAUACCAAAAUCCCGCAACAGAGAAGAGACGCAACAAGU